GACCUCCAGCUUUUUUCAGCUCUGCGUCGGACAAGCGUCGGACAGUUGCAUUUUGCAUUCCCUGCGGGACACACGGAAGCCUCAAGGGCGAGAGCUACAAGUUCAAAGAGCCGCAGACCAAGGUAACGGAUGGACAUCGUUUUUGGCACAUGCGUUGGUUUGUGGACUUCCUCGGAGGACACGAGUCUCGAAAUUUCCUCGCAGGCAGUGUGUCGACGUUCAGGAACAAGCUCUUCACGAUUGCAUGGCCCUGCUGGACAGACACGGAGGAGCACGCUGCAAACGCCGAGAAGAAGGGCACCAAACGAAAGGCAUCCUCGCAGCAGAUGCAGGACGACAUGGAGGACGACAACGAGCAAGCGGACAAUGAGGAGCACACGGGUGACCAGAUGGAAGAGGUAGCAGCUGGACGAAGCACACGUUGUACAGAGUUUGCCACGUCGAGCUUUGCAACGAUUGUUCUUUUGCAUCAAUGGCACCAGGGUAUGCGCAAAGAUGCCAAAUGGAAGAAGCCGGCAGAGGAGGUAUCCAAGCUGGCCGGGGAGUUGCUUCAAGGCCUCGCUUCCUUGUUCCUGCAGACCCCGCAGGACUUCUCAUCCACGUGGGACGGAAACACUCUGGUGCUGCCGUUCAAAGGAGGUUCGCUGGACGUGGACGAGGUUGUACUGCAAAACAGUUUACUUGCUAAAGUACUACACCGCGAUCGUUCCCGAUUCAUGGACGUGCUGCAGGAUGUGAAUGUGGACUGCACCCGUCGGACAAUUGGAGACACUCGCAAGUCAUCUAGUUUGAGGACGAAGUACUACUUGUUGGCGGCUUUGGCACGUGCCAUGGAUUCGUCGGACGACACGCAUUCCUGCUGGACAUCUUUGAAUGUGAAGCAAGUGAUGAGCACCUACGGAUAUCGUCGGUCGUCCACGAGUUUUCGACAAGAGGACAGCAGCGAACAGCAGGACGAACAAAAGAUCAAGAAGCACGCUUCUAUGGACGCACACAGGCUAGCACGCAUGGAGCGAUACGCCUAUGUCACGCAGGGCAAGUCAGAUUUCCUCUCGACGGACAUUUUGUGCGUGGUGGCAGAUGCAGUGCACGUGGGAAGUGACGAUUGGCUGAACAUCAUGGUGUACAACCACACGACGGACAAAGUUUGGGUCUGCCCGCCGCAGGUCCAGAAAUCGUCCGUCUUGUCGGCUGAGCAGUGGAAAGCUAUGUGGAACAAGGCUUCCAAGAAGUUCCUCGGGAUCGAGAAACCCGUUGGACCUGGUCAUGCGGAGGACCGGCUGGCCACACUGUCUUGGAUGCAGGACAUAAACCACGGCUUGCGACCCAUUGGCUGGACUUUUGGCUGCUGCCAGAGCACGCCGGCCGGCCCCGCGGAGGACGACACGAAGGCUAAACGUGCACCGAUCAUGAUUUUGUGCACCGACCAAGAAGCAACACAGCUGGCGGCUGUCUCCUUCUUGAGGAACAAAAAGAGCCUCUGGAUCGAACACGUCUCGGACCCCGCCCACAGGUCGCACAACGACGUGGCUUUGGCCUUGUCGGCCGCUGGACUCCUGAAGUUCUGCACAUGGUGCAUCUCGCUGUACAACAUCAGGUAUGGACCCUGGCAGAAGGGCUCGUGGGCGUUGAAGAUCCAGCAAGCCGCAAAUCGCAUGAAGGACAACAUGGACCCCUCGGACCCGAUAUUGCUCCUUUUCUUCCCGGACAUUCUGCUGGACGCCGGCCUCUCCCCCCUGGACGACAACACGGAGGAGAAACGCAGGUCGUUUUUGCAGACAUUACCCGACAUGGACUGCAUCCGCAUCAAGGGCACGAAGGCCAGCAAGAGUCGGUUCAAUUCCCUGACGACGGCCCACAGCGCGCUGGACAAAGAGUGGUCGGUCUUGGCUUUAGUUCUCACGGUGGUCUGCUUGGAGCACAACUGGGCAGUUUCCACUAAGGACCUCUUCUCGCAGGACAGCAACCAGGCCCGUGCCUCGGUUCCAUAUGGUGGAAGCAAGUCUUCUGCCAUACAGGAGGCCAAGCAAGGCAUGGACCAGGAGCGGAAGGGCAGCGCGAACAGUCUACACUUAAUGACGAAGUUCGUGAUCUCGCAGGACAACAAGACGACAGCCAGGAUGAUGUUCCAGGUCUUGCAACCCGAAGAGCUUCGUUGUUCGCUCAUGCUCAAGCAGCUGCGUUCCAAAGGCAUGACGAAGGACUACUACUCUGGCUGGGCACACUGGUCUUGGAUGAGCACUGCAAAGGACCACGUCAGGACUUUGUCGAAUUUGGAAGGUUUAUCUCGUGUCGGCCUCGACCUGACACUGGCACGCGCACAACCCCCGGAGGAGACAGAGCUUGUCUGGCAGGACUCGCUCGCAGGCCAAAUGACGCAGUUGACACUACAGAUCCUGCGGCUGCGGGCCGGGGCACAGCUGUACCAUACUGGAGGUUUCGGUGCGACCGCAGGACUAGUCCAUGCUGAAGAGCAGUUCCGUCGGGCAAGCUUGGAUUUUUUCAAAGAGAUGCAGUCUUGUAUCCAGGACACGCACAGUGGUGGUUCUCGUAUGGCAAAAAAAUUGCUCGAAGGUCAUUUCUCCCAAGGGCCGAUUAGUCGGUACAUCCUCGCCGAUCUUUGCACUACCCGGUUUCAGAGCCUUACGGAGGACGUUGCACACGUAUUGACCAGCAUUUGGUCGGGCCUCUUGAACACGAAGAUCAUCGAAGACUGUAAUAAAGUCCAGCGCGAGGCCGAGCAACGACAUUCGUCUUCGAAGGACUUGGGUCGUUUGGACGGAUGGAAGGCUGUGACCCAACAGGCCGUGGUCAAGAUGUACGAGAGGGUGGAGGCACUGUCAACGGAGCUCUACCACACGCCGGCAGCGUUUGACGUGGCCAAACUUUUCUGCAAAGACACCGAGAAGAAGAAGAUUCAAGCAGUUCGUCGUCGUUCCGAUUCGUCGGUCAGCACGCAGGUCAGUGCCUCGGAGGUGCAGGAAGCACAGCUUCUUGCAGACGUGACGAAGACGAGGGACUGGGUCUCCCACAACCACGCCGAGGAACAGGAGGUUUUGGCUGCCUUCAGUUUACUGAUGAAGGCGUGGAGGGCCAAGCGAUGGUCGCUUUGUGAAGAAGGUUGGUGCUCUGGACUUUUGCCCGAAGGACAUGUUGUACUGGCAGGUGCAGACCCGUUGUUCAUCGUUCGGACAUACCGUUUGGCUGCACUCGCAUGGCCCGGCAAGAUCGUUAAGGACAAGGACCAUGAGUUUUUCGAAUUCAACAUGGGCGUUCGGUCUCUCUUUUGGAUGCACAGCACAUCUUUGGACUUGGAAGUGUUGCGGCUGCGAGUUGUUUCACCUCUGCGUGCCUCGGCUGCAGUACAGUUGAACAUUGUCAGCCCGACACGGACAUUCUCUACAUAUAUAUUCGUCCUAUAA